AUGAUGACCACGGAAGAGAAAAGUCUCAGUUCAACGGUUUAUCAAUCUUUGUUAGCAACAAGUCCUUCAGUUCGAAACCCCGCAACCCCGCCAAUGACACUGACACUGAGUUCGGGCUUUUGUCUCGAGCAACUCCUACCCCAAACAGGCUUGGAGAACGCUUCUCAUCAUCAGCUGACUGAACUUAAAGCUGCUGACAAGCUCAUGGGCACUGUAUUUGCUGUACGUUCAGGAGGGGUGACAGGAGUGAUUGUUCAAGGACCGACAGAACAAACUACAAGAAGUUUCAGAAUGGAAGACAAAGGACCUGUCAUCUCUAUAAAAUUUUCCCCAGAUCAACAAGUUCUUGCUUUGCAGCGAACAAAGACUUCUGUGGAAUUUGUAAAUUUCUUGGGAGAAAUGGAAUCUUUUGAAUAUUCUCAAAGCUGUAAGGGAAAGAACACUGUGAUUUUAGGUUUUGUCUGGACUCAUUCUAAUGAAAUUGUUUUUGUAACUGAUCAUGGGAUAGAACUCUACCAGGUGCAACCAGAGAAGCAUUCACUUAAAGCUCUCAAGUCAUACAGUAUGAGUGUAAAUUGGUUUGUGUUCUGCCCACAGAGUAAUUUAAUGUUACUCUCCACAAGUACAUUGGGCAACCAAAUGCAACCCAUGUUUUUUCGACAAGGAACAUAUUCAAAAUUAAACAAAUUAGAGAUUGAUUUGCCAGUUGUACCUAAACCAGCAAAACUCUGUUUGUUGGAAAGAGACGUAACUCUUGCAGUUUUAUAUGGCCAACCAUGCAUAGUGGUUUUAAGGCAUCAGCCAAGAGGAGUUGGCAAUACUGGUGCUGAAGUUGUUGUUUAUACAAUACUUAAAAUGUCAACAGUAAAAAAAAGUCAUAUCCUACGACUUGAUAUGAGUGGCCGUUUUGCUAUAAACGUUGUGGAUAAUCUCAUAAUUGUACACCAUCAAGCAUCUAAGACCUCCAUGUUGUUUGAUAUAAAUUUACCUGGAGAAUCAGAUGGCUUUGUUACGUACCAUCAACCCGUAGCUCCUGCACAGCCAAUUAAACCUUUUAGUCUGCGUUUACCUAUUGCAACUGCCAGUCAAGUUCUCAGCGAACCAGCUCAGCUCAAAUAUGCAAAACUGGGAUGUCUGUGGUAUGUUGAAUUAAGAUUGCAACCUAUGGUUCUUCAAAACAUCCUUGAACCAACUGAAAAAAAUCGUGGUUACUUGGUGGUCAUAUCAGAGUUGUUUGAUCACCUGAAUGAUGUUUACCGAAGCUUUCUUGAAGUGGAAAUGCAAAGCCAAAUGGGGAUGCCUGCAUCAUCUGGACUGAGUGUGUCUCCAGCAAAACCAACUGUUCCAGUCGCUCCUAAAGCUUCAGUUGUGAUCGAUCAAGCAGACCUGUAUACACAUGUUUUUUCUCAUUUUGCUGAUUACAAAGAUGAAGAAAACAAUGGCGGAGGCAAAUUUAUUGUGUGGAUUCUUCUGGAAUAUAUUCGAUCACUCACAGAUUACCAUAUCCCAGUGCAGCAUUAUUUACAUGAAUUAGUUAUUAAUUCUCUUGUGCAUUAUAAAGCAUAUUAUCAGCUACAUCAAUUACUACAAUAUCAUGUUGUAUCUGAUUCCAAACCUCUGGCUUGCUUAUUACUCUCUUUGGAGAAUUUGUAUCCUGCUGCUCAUCAACUUGCCCUUGAUAUGUUACGAAGACUGUCUACUGCUAAUGAGGAAAUAAUUGAAGUCUUACUUUCCAAGCAACAAAUUCUUCCUGCCCUGCGGUUUGUCAGAUCAACAGGAUCUGUUGAUCAAGUGUCUGCUAGAAAAUUCUUGGAGGCAGCUAAGGCAACUGAAGAUCCCACCAUAUUUUAUUCUGUAUAUCGGUUUUUUGAACAGAGAAACCAGAGGCUGAAAGGUGACCCAGCAUUUUCAAAAGGUGAACAUUGUGAGGCAUAUAUUCAGCACUUUCAAGAAUUGUUUUGUGAUGCAAAUUCAAACACUUAGAAGUUUUAUUAUGUAAAAAAUGAAAAUAUAAUGACAAAAACUGUUUCUGUGUUUUUUUCAAACUGCCUGUUGACAUAGCAGGCAAAACUCACUUCUUUUUAUCUUGUAAUGAAAAGGCCGUCAAUAUAUUUAUUUUAUUCCUGCAUUACAAAAGAUGUAGAAAGAAGAUCAAUACUGUAUUUUGCAUUCACUUAAUUGUAAUGCUCUACUGCUGUUUCUUUAAAAAAUCUUCAUGAAAUUUUUGUAAGAUUUGUAGCAUUGCCUUCAGUUUUGCAGAUGGGAGAAGAAGUGUUGUCCUAAAAAAGAAGAUAUAUUUAUUUAUAGAUUUUGGUUUGUUUUAAAUACUUAUUAGUUACAUAUUACCCUAAACUGAAGCAUUGUUUCAAAAACAUUAUAUCUAAGUUGUAUUAUUUGUAAAGAUUGUAAAUGUUUUAUAAUCUAAAUGUGGUAAAAUGUAUGUCAUGAAGAUAUAACCACUCAAGCUCAUUAAUUUUUGCAAAAUCUGAUAUAUAUUAUAUUUAAACUACAUAUGUGAUAUGUAAAAUAUUCAAUACAUUAUUACUGUUAUCUGAAUAUUUCACAAUA